CGAAUAUUAAAAUGUGGCAGUCAAUUUCAAAAUUUAUAGCCCAACUAUGACUGAUCCACAAUCCAAGACGGCAACUAAUAGGCCUAAAGCCGACAACCAUAAUUGUUUUCUUCCUUUAAUAACAAAAAAAACCAACCGUUUCUUCCCCUAGUCAUCCCCAACCCCGCGGCCUCCAAGUCCCCUCUGGGUUGCAGCUGCGGCGAGAACAGUAGCAGUUGGUUCUUCAUUUGCGUGUCAGCUUACUUCUUUUCUCAAGGGUUUUUGAAGAUUAAGAUGGAGCAAGAGAAUGUGGAACAAGAAGUGAAUCUGCAACAGAAAAAGAAGCAUAAAGGGAAACAUGACAAGCCAAAGCCAUGGGACGAUGACCCAAACAUCGACCGUUGGAAGAUUGACAAGUUCGACCCUUCUUGGAAUCCCAAUGGUUUGCUCGAAGUCAGCUCUUUUUCUACUAUCUUCCCUCGUUACCGAGAAAAAUACUUGCAAGAAGCUUGGCCAAAGGUUAAAUCUGCUUUGAAAGAAUAUGGUAUUGCUGCUGAGCUCAACUUAGUUGAAGGGUCUAUGACAGUUUCAACAACAAGAAAAACUAGGGACCCAUAUAUUAUUAUCAAAGCCAGGGAUCUCAUCAAGCUUCUAUCAAGAAGUGUUCCUGCACCUCAGGCAAUCAAAAUACUCAAUGAUGAAAUGCAAUGUGACAUUAUCAAAAUUGGAAACUUGGUGCGCAAUAAGGAACGCUUUGUUAAAAGAAGGCAACGUCUUGUGGGGCCAAAUUCUUCAACUUUGAAGGCUCUUGAAAUAUUGACAGGCUGCUACAUUCUUGUUCAGGGAAACACUGUUGCUGCUAUGGGUUCAUUUAAAGGUUUAAAACAAGUUAGGAGGAUUGUGGAGGACUGCAUAGAAAAUAAAAUGCAUCCCGUAUACCAUAUCAAGAUUCUCAUGAUGAAGAAAGAACUUGAGAAGGAUCCAGCACUUAAAGAUGAAAACUGGGACAGGUUUCUUCCAAAGUUUAAGAAGAAAAAUGUUCAAACCAAGAAGGUUAAAAGUAAAGAGAAGAAACCAUAUACACCCUUCCCUCCUCCUCAACAACCUAGUAAGAUUGAUCAAGAACUUGAAUCUGGAGAAUACUUCUUGAGUGAGAAAAAGAAAUUAGCUAAGAAAUGGCAAGAAAAGCAGGAGAAGCAAGCACAGAAAACAGCUGAAAACAAAAGAAAAAGAGAAGAAGCAUUUGUACCUCCCAAGGAACAUGUAAAGCAAGAUUCCAACAAGUCAGAUAAUGACAAAGAAGAUGUCGCUGCCCUUGCCAUGUCAUUGAAGAAGAAGGCGAAGGAGUUUGGGAAGCAAAAAUCGUUUCAAAAUAUCAAUGCAGAAGAAUAUAUUGCAGCCCCUGCUGGAGAACAACCUUCAAAAAAGAAAAAGAAAUCCAAGCAUACCUAGUGUAGGCAAGCGAUGUAUAUCAGGCUAGACAAGUUUAUGGUAUGACAAAGUUUGCUAAAUAUGUGGUGGCUCUGCUCAAUCCCCUCGCACAGAUGUGCUACUGUCAAGAAACAGGCUGAUAUUGCACUCUUGAGGUCUGCAUAUACUAGUAAACUCAUAUAUUGAAAUUGAGGUAUCAUUUUCUUCGCA